AUGUGUUUAUACACGAUACUAAACGAGAUCGAGGCUGACACAAAAGAUGAUGCCACUACACCAAAAAGUGUAGCAUCAAAGAAAAUUUCCAAACCAAUUGGGAAGCCGUCAAAACCAGGGAGACGAUUAGGACAGGGUAGGAAGACGUCGUCGACAAACGAAUCAGUAGUAGCGACCAAAGUUGAGAAGCCGCAAGCUGAUCAGGGUGGAAUCAUACUGGACCUGAUUGCUUCACUGCUUUAG